AACAAUCCGUUUCCGGGGUGGAGCCAGGGAGGGCGGGAGUUUAGGCUGCGCCGACCCCUCAGCCCCCCUCCAGGAGACGUUCGGAACCCGGACAUGUCGGGAUUGAGGAGAUACGAGGUGGCGCUGGAGGCGGAGGAGGAGAUCUACUGGGGCUGCUUCUACUUUUUCCCCUGGCUGCGAAUGUGGCGCCGAGAGCGGAGCUCGGCGCACCCCCGACAACAGAAGCUGGAACCUCUUCGGGGCCUGAUGAGCUGUCUGUCGAGCGGCCUGGGCCCUGCUCCCCAGCGCUCAGGCCGCGGCCUCCUCUGCCGCACCCCCACCACCGCUGCCCAGCCAGCCGGUGCAUUAAAGAUUUAAAGCGAAGCCUACCUACCAAACUGCCUUCCUGACUCCGCCGCCGCGGCCUCCAUUCGAGCUGGGAACCCCCUCUCUCCGUAUCCGCUGUUUCCUUCCCAACCUGGCUUCUCUCCCUUUUAGCCAAGGCCCCAAUUAAGACUAAGGGCUCCUCAUCAGUGUCAGGCUUCUUGUUACUGUCAGUGACUGCUUCUCCGCCACAUCCCCUAAAAAAAUAUCCAUCACUGGUAGUAGCCUAUAUGGUAAGAACUAAGUAAUCUUGGCCUGAUCUACCUCUCCACUUUAUCCCCAUACUGGUAUGUUUGUUCCCACAAUCCCAGCUAUCUGUUACCAUCUUCCUCCUGGCCAGAACUUCGCCCAAUGUUUGAAGAAUCUGCUCUUCCUGAGAGUGGAUCUAAAACAGUUUAAGCCAGGGUUGUAGAGCAUAGUCAGUAAGAGGAGGAAAUUCCUAAAAGCUGAGCCCAGCCAGUAGCCUGCCUCAGGAGAAUGAUGAAGGGUGGAGAUGUUUCCUACAGUUAGUAUCCCCACCUGAUUCCAGGUUUUGAGACAGUGGCAUCAGCCUACCUAGCAGUUCUUGCUACUUCCCUAUGAAAGUCCAAGCAUCAUUACUCCCUGCCAUCCCUUUUUUUCUCACCACCCAACCAGUCUGAGACCCUAACUCCUAAAGUGGUGAGAGACUAGAACUGCUUUAUGGGCCUGCUUUCAGUUAUAAACCAGAUCCAGCACCAGAAAGGGUACUAGAGAAUUAAAUUACAGAAAUAACUCAUUCCUGGCUAAGGCCAAAACUGGGUUUCACCUUAAGCUGCACCUGCUACAGCAAAUUGUGACUGAAAAAGAAGACUUGGUCUUAUUUUUGGAGAAAUCAGCACACACCAGGACAGUUUGUUUUCUGCCUUCCAAAACUGUUGUUCUCAACUGCCAAGUCCUGGAAAGCUCACAAAGUCAGUGGUGAUCUACCAGCUGACAGAGACCUAUGACAUGAAUGGAACAUGGGAAAAUUCCUUGGGAUUUCUUUGAAAACACUCAAGCAGAAGUCCAAACUGGCAGUGGGAGAAGGAACUCUUAAGACCUCUGGGUACCAAAAAUUCAACAUGAGUGGCCUUUGGAUUGUGAUGGCUUUCAAGAAAGCACCUGAGGAGAUCAAACCGAUGGCCUUGCACAUAGUAGGCAACUGUUUUUGAAUUUUAAAUAAAUGGAAUCACACAAAGAAA